AUGGGGUUUGAGAAGAAAGAUCUGGAUGUGGUGCUGAUUCCAGUUGGCUUGCUUAUUAUGUUCUUGUACCAUCUCCAACUCCUCUACAGAUACCUUCAUCAGCCUCAUUCCACUGUCAUGGGGUUUGAGAACUUCAACAAGCUAUUCUGGGUUCGGGCCAUCAUGCAGAGUGAGAAGAGGGAAAUUGGCACGUGCCUCGGGGUGAUCUCCUCCAACAUAUCAGCGGCGACGUUCCUGGCCUCCGUCUCACUCACCCUCUGCUCCCUGAUCGGCGCCUGGAUCAGCAACACCAACAACAAUUUCUUUGAGAGCGAACUCAUCUAUGGGGACACCCGGUCCACCACCCUCUCCAUCAAGUACAUCAGCCUCCUCAUCUGCUUCCUCCUCGCCUUCACAUGCUUCAUCCAGUCAGCCCGGCACUUCGUCCACGCCAAUUACCUCAUCAGCAUGCCGAGCUUAAGCAUCCCACCCAAGAGUGUCGAGGUGGCUGUUAUCCGAGGCGGUGAUUUCUGGUCUGUUGGGCUCAGGGCACUGUACUUUGCUAUGAACUUGCUUCUCUGGUUCUUCGGACCAAUACCCAUGUUUGCUGGUUCCAUUUUCAUGGUCUUGUUCUUGCACUACCUCGACUCGAACACGAUGCCAUUGAUUGAGCACGAGUUUGAGUUUGAUGGGGGGCAAGUGGUGAGGAAGGUGGAGCAGAGAGUGUCCGAUAUAGCAAUGGCCAUUCACAUGCCUUCACAUCAGAAUUGA